GAUUCUGCCUCUCAUUCUUCUUUCCUCCCUCUCCUCCCCCGAUUUCACCACCACCCGAAAGCCUCCUUGAUUCGCCCUUUCAAUUUUCCUUUUCUUUUUCUUGGAUAUCUGCCACCCAUUUGCUGUUUAGUGAAGAGUCUUCAAAGAGAUUAUUUUGGGUUAAAGAUUGAUUUGUUAUGGCUGUCUUUCUGUGCAAUUUCUCAUGAAUUGGAUGCGGGGAACAAGUGGACCGGGCUAUUAAAAGUCUUGAUUAAUUGUUGCAGCAGGCCUGACCCGAGCAAAGAAGAAGAAAAUGAUGACAUGGUGGCUGGAAAUGAGGACUACUGAAAGGUUGCCAUUGAGUUCUUUCCUGACAGCGUCAUUUCAGAUGCAUAAAGAGGUCUUGAAGAGUAUUCCUAUAGGUGGUAGGGAUGGUGGUUCAGCCAGGAAAGAAGUCAUUGGGAUUGUGAUUGGCAUUUAAGCACUUGGUAUUGCAAACAUUCAAAUAGUGCUUUUGGUUGGGUCUAAGGUUUAUUUUAUGACAAGUAUAAUUGGGGUACUGGCUCUUUGCUUGCUCAAGACAGUCUUUUCUGGUGUGGAAUUGCUUUUAAAUUGAUGCCAAUUCCAUGGUCUGGAAGAACUCUCUCACUUGCGCUGUCCGAUCCUUUAGCACCAUGAUUAUAAGAUCAACUGCCACUGUCAACCAUCUCAACAAGCCAGGUCCAUCUCCUCUCAUUUCCAAGCACCCAUUUUCCAUUGCCCCUUCUUUGCUCCCUAUCACUUCUCCAGAACCCAAUAUUAAUCCUCCUGUACAAGACCUCUCCGCCAAACUCUACUCCCUCCUGUCCAAUCCCAAUUGGCAAAAACACCCAUCUCUCAAAAAACUAAUUCCAAUUUUAACUCCAAACCAUCUUGCCAAUUUCUAUUCCCAAUUUCCCAAUCUCAAUCCCCAAACGGCUCUCAACUUCUUUAACUAUCUUUCCUGCAUUCCAUCUUUUAAACCAAGUGUUCAAUCAUAUUCUUCCUUGCUGCAUAUCUUGAUCCCCAAUAAGUUUAUUGGGUUUGCUGAAAAACUCCGCAUUUCAAUGAUUAAGAUCUGCGAAUCCCCUGAGGAUGCGCAGUUUGUUUUAGGUGUGUUGAGGGAUAUGAAUAAUAGUAAAACUGAUCAUGAUAAUGGGUUGCUUUUUAAGAUUAGUCUAAGGUGUUACAAUACCAUGUUGAUGAUGUUGGCAAGGUUUCUUAUGAUUGAUGAUAUGAAAUGUGCGUAUGUUGAGAUGUUGGAUGACAAGAUUUCGCCAAAUAUUUAUACUUUUAAUACCAUGAUUAAUGCAUAUUGUAAGUUGGGGAAUGUGGAUGAGGCUGAGUUGUACUUGAGUAAAAUUUUGCAAGCUGGGUUGAGGCCUGAUACUCACACGUUUACGUCAUUUAUUUUGGGGCAUUGUAGGAAAAAGGAUGUAGAUAGUGCUUUUAGGGUGUUCAAGGAGAUGGUUAAGAAGGGUUGUCGGAGAAAUGAGGUUACAUAUAACAAUUUAAUUUAUGGGUUGUGUGAGGUGGGGAAGUUAGAUGAGGGGAUGCAGUUGUUUAAGAAAAUGGGGGAGGACUAUUGUUGUCCUAAUGUUAGGACCUAUACGGUACUUAUUGAUGCAUUGUGUGGUUUAAGUAGGACAAUGGAAGCCUUGAAGUUAUUUGAAGAGAUGAAGGAGAAAGGUUGCGAGCCCAAUGUUCAUACUUACACUGUUCUCAUUGAUGGCAUGUGUAAAGAUGGUAAACUUGAUGAAGCGUCGAGGUUGAUGAUUCUGAUGUCGGAAAAGGGAUUUGUUCCUACCAUAAUUACUUAUAACGCUCUGGUUAAUGGUUACUGUAUGAAAGAAAUGGUGGAUGCUGCCUUCAAGAUAUUGGAAGUGAUGGAAUCUAAUAAAUGUAGUCCUAAUGCCCGAACAUACAAUGAAUUGAUUUCUGGAUUUUGUAAGGCAAAAAAAGUGCACAAGGCCAUGGCAUUACUUAAUAACAUGCUUGAAAGAAAGCUAGCUCCAACUAUUGUAACUUACAACUUGUUAGUCCAUGGACAAUGUAAAGAGGGUCAUGUUGAUAAUGCGUUUAGAUUGCUUAGGUUGAUGGAAGAGAGUAAUGUAGCACCUGACAAGUGGACUUAUGGUCCUCUAAUUGAUGCAUUAUGCAAAAAAGGCAGGGUUAAAGAAGCUAAUGCGUUGCUUGAUUCUCUCAAAGACAAAGGCCUGGAGGCAAAUGAAGUGAUGUAUACUGCUUUGAUUGAUGGAUAUUGUAGGGCAGCCAACAUGGAUAUUGCUUUUAAUUUGUUUGAAAGGAUGCUUGGAGAAGGCUGCAUUCCGAGCUCCUGCACUUAUAAUGUGCUGGUUAGUGGGUUGUGCAAAGAGGGCAAAAUGCAUGAAGCAUCUGAAUUAUUGGAAAGGAUGUUGGAGAGAGGUGUGAAACCCGAUGUUGUUACUUGUUCUAUUCUCAUUGAGAAUAUGCUAAAAGAAUAUGCCUUUGGUUAUGCCUAUGCAAUGCUUGAUAAAAUGGUUUCUCUAGGAUAUAAACCUGAUGUUUGCACUUACACUUCCUUUCUUCUUGCAUAUUGCAACCAAGGGCAGUUGAAUGAAGCAGAGAAUGUGAUGACUAGAAUGAAAGAAGAAGGCAUUAGGCCAGAUUUUAUGACCUACACUGCAUUAAUGGAUGGGUAUGGACGUUUAGGAUUGAUGGACGGUGCAUUUGAUACCCUUAGACGUAUGGUUGAUGCUGGAUGUGCACCUUCUCAGUAUACCUAUGCUGUAUUAGUUAAACAUCUUUCACAUGAAAAGCAUACUAAAGGAAAUGUAACUGAAGUCAGACUCGAUCUGAAAGGUGGGGUUCCUUUAAUAAACAUUGCUGAUGUAUGGAAAGUGAUGGAUUUUGGUACUGCUCUGAUGCUUUUUGAGAAAAUGACUGAAUAUGGUUAUGCACCUAAUUUGAACACGUACAGUGCGCUUGCUACUGGACUUUGUAGAGAAGGAAGAAUUGAAGAAGCUUGGAAAUUGUUUGAUUAUAUGCAUAAGCAUGGUUUGUCUCCUACAGAAGAUAUGUAUGAUUUGUUGAUAAACUGUUGCUGCAAGUUGAAAGUGCACGAGAAAGCCCUGCAGAUUCUUGGUAACAUGGUCAAGCAUGGUUUAAUACCACACUUGGAGUCCUUCAAAUUGCUUGUUUGUGGGUUAUAUGAUCAAGGCAAUAGUGACAUAGCGAAAGCAGUAUUCUGUUGGCUGCUAGAGUGUGGCUACAAUCAUGAUGAAAUAGCUUGGAAACUUUUAAUUGAUGGCUUACUUAAGAGGGGGCUUGUUGACAGUUGCUCUGAACUGCUGGACAUCAUGAAGAAAAAUAAUUGCCAGUUAAAUCCCCAAACAGAUUCAAUGUUAAUAGAGGGUCUUUUUGAGAGAACAUAGGGCGCAUAGAAUGGUGAUUCUGUACCUCUUAGACGAAUUCUUUUACUGUACUGGUUAGAGUUACAUGUAGUAUAUCUCACAUAUGUUGGAAGAGUCCUCAAUUUUAUAUGUGAAGGAAUAUUUCCAAUUGCGCUUCUUAAGAUAACACCUUGAUUGACUGAGACUUCUGAUUUGCCUCGUCAAAGUUCAAUGGAGCAGCCCAAUAAUUCAGGAUAAGCAAAUUCUUUCAAUGAAGGAGAGGCAAGUAGUCACUUACUAUUUUACGUAAGAUUGUUGUUCAACAGAGGUGAGGCAAGUGAACCGUCAGCGAAGUUGCUACACCUUCAUGGUUGCAGCAUCAAGAUGUUGUGCUUUCCUACCAGGGAUCUGUUAGAAGCAAUUCAAGCCAGAGCAUUGACAGAAAGUGGUUAAGUGUGAAGCUUCUCUCUCCAUUAGGACCUUUGCGUCCUUGAUCUUCUGAAAGAAAGCCUAGAUGGUUGAGAGGACAGAUUCAACAGAGUUCGGGGGCUUGAUGGACGUAUUUCUGUGGACGCACUUAUGCCUCCAACUGGGAAUUUAUCACUGCAAUAUGUUUUUUCAGAGUUAUUGCAUCGUGUGAUUAUUCCAUGGCUGCUGCUUGUUGCCUUUGUUGAAACUUAAAAGGCCUGAAAUCAAAAUGAAAACAGAAAAGCAAAAAAGAAAGAACGGAUGAGAAGAGAACGAGAACAGAAUAAAGAAAAUAGGCAAGGUUCUGUGUGUGUUCGUCGCAAGGAAAGAAAACAUUGAUCAAAGUAAGGAGGAGAAGUCGAUGAAGGAAACAAGGAUGAGUCAAAUGGAGUGGUGAAAUAGACGGAAGGAAGGAAGGAAAUGGUGUUCAGGGAAAGGGGACAGCAGAAGAAACAGGAGGAAUUUGUUGUAAUUGUUUGAUGGCUUUUAUGCUUUAAACUUUUGAGAUAUUCUAUAAUGACCCAUAACUUUUGAAACUGUAAAUUCCCCCAUGAAUAUUUUAAUUUGGCAGCUUUAAAG